GGAGUUAUAUGGAUUGCGCUGGCUACGAUAUCGCAAAUUCUGCCUGUUACAUUUUUGAGUCUCAACCUCAAUGCCCCGAUGAACCUGAUGUUCCAAACUCCUGCAUUGAUAACCACGACGAUAGCUGCCACUCGAAUAUAUCGCAGUUUGCAACAACGUGCCCGGAAGCCUGUCAUUGGCGCGUCUUACCUCUCCGAUUUUCAAUUCGCCACGAACCCUGAGUUCACGCUCGAUGUGCGGAAUCGCACCACGUUGAACAUGCGAUCAGGCGCCACAACGGGGACAUUUUCGAAUCUCGGGCUGAGCUCACUUGACGUGCAGUUUCCAAAAUCAUAUGGGCGAUACCGCGAGGAGGACUUGAUGGAAUAUCCGUUGACCCCGAUCAGCGAGUCCGCAACAGGACUGGAGGAUCUCGUCCUCGAGCAUGGUGGACAAAUCGCAGAGCCCAGGUCAGGCCGCUAUGGGGAUUUGAGUGAGGAUCUUGCUAUGGAGCUUGGAGAGCCACCCCGAUAUUCCCAGUAUGCCCACUCUUUAGGUUCAGCGGGGUCCGGUGGGAGGAGUGGUGUGGAUGACAGCGUGGUCGGUGGAUCUAGCCAAGCGAGAACAGUAGGGUAUCCUCCUGCGAUACUACAGGGAUUUCGUUGAUGGCUGUCUCUUCGUCCGAACCGAGCGUUAUAUAUACCUUGUGCUUCUACCGCUUGGUAUCGACCUGCAAGCACUUCAUAUUUGACUGUAUCAUAUUCGUGUAGAUAUAGAUUCCUCUCUGCCUC